GUUUCCGGCUGAGCAGAUGAGGCGCAGCGAGAGGCACAAUGUGCAGCCUGACAGUCAAAGGGGUGCUGCGUUGAGGUCUUUCUUGCUGAUGCCACUCAUAACACGCGAGCUAGACAUGAGGCACACACGGUUACCUUGACUUGGGCUGACCUGACCCACGCAACCCUUUGUUUAUCGAUAUGCAAGGAUGCUACUUUGCUAUCAGUAAUAGAGAAGAUAGAGAAGGCCCUAAGCAACCUAACAGGAUAUCCCACUCUCAAUAUGGUUUUUGGAUGGUUGUUUUGUGCAGCCGUGGAGUGGUGCAGGGCAAGCACUUGGAGCUGCGUGUUUCCCCCGGCCCAGGUACCUGGCCGAACGAAAUCCUCAGAGCCUUGCCAUGGAACUGCUCCACGUCGACAGCGGUGUAGGUUUGUCCGAUGCUUUGUUCUUAGUAGGUUUUUAAAUGUUCGGGUUCACACGACGUGCCUUGGAACAAGCCCACACAGCCCGAGGACCGUGUUUUUGGUUGCUUGGCCUGGACAACAGGGAGGAGGUUUGGUGCGCUGCCGGAGAACUGCAUAGAACUGCUACGGGUCCAAUUGGUAUAGUUCGUAGUCAUCAUCAUCCUGACAGAUGCUAGAUCGGGAAGUGUUAAGAGGCAAGGUUGGGUCUUCAACUACGAUGAUGUGCAGGGCAUUCUGGAGAAGCUUGAGGGAUGGAUGGGCGCAGUGGCCCUCACACCUAUUUGGGGCAUCGACAGGUCGACCUUCUCCCAGCUCUUGGUGGACCUGAACCUGCGGGACAAGGAUCGUUUGCCGUACAUCUGGGCUCAUCAAGUCUUCGAUGCGUACGCCAAACCCACUCGCCUGGCCGCGGGCGACCCGGACUAUGACGACACACCGGAAGGCCGUGCGAGGUCUGCUUGGUGUGUGUCCAGAUGGGACUUCAUCGCUGUCCUGGAUAGGCUGCUGCGCACGCGCUUCGAAUUGAGCCCUCGGGAGGAGUUUUUGAGCCGCCUGAAAGCGGCGCAUGGCCAGUUGCGGCGGGAAUGGAGAACCCGUGAGGACGAGAGCAGGACAGCUGCGCAAGCCGCUCAGCUGCGGCUGCAGUCCUGGAAGCAAAGCAACGCCUCCGACCUCGUCAACACCAAUGGCUCUGACCGAGGAAAGAACGGCAAGAUGAAGGAGGAGGAAUGUAUCAGAGAGAGCCAACGUUGGAAGUUUGACCGGCACGCGUGCUGCAUGAUGAAAGAGCCAGAGGUCAUGCAGAUCGUGGAACAGUUUCGGCAUGCCUUCACGGUGAUCUUCGAGUCUUACGCCAGCGAGACCAAGGAGAAGAAACCUCACAUGAACGCCAUGGACUUGGUCUCUUUCUGCUAUGAUUUCUGCCUGGUGCCCAACCUGGUGCCGCGCCAUGAGGUGAAACGUGCCUACCAAGCGGCGAUUCUGGUGGAGCGGCAGGAGGUCUCCUUGGCCUCCUCGUUGACCUCAGACCUGUCGACCCUCUCAGUGCCGCGGAACUCGAAAGGACAGGAGAUCGGACGCUCCGCCUCAACGGGGCGCGCCAAGCCAAAAGCCACUUCGGCCUUGAAGGAGGCGGUCCGAAAGCGCGCCUUUGGCUCCUUCAAUCCGCCCAAGAACCAACGGCCCAACACCAUGCCUGAUGGCUUGGUCAGGGUGACGGCUGAAGUCCAAGCGGCGGAGCGCGAGAAAGGGAAACCCGUUUUUGGCGUGGCAGCUUUUGUGGAAUGUUUGUGUCGCCUGGUGAUUGGGCACCUUCUGGUCUAUGGCAACAGCUUGCAGCAGACGAUAUCUCCGGAAGCCCGCGUGGUUUGGCUGGUCAGCUAUUUGGUGGAGGUCCUGCGCCAGGGGAGGUCGACCCCACAGCACAUUGCCAUGCCUGACUGGCCUGGCUGGCGUAGCGCAGCCUGGCGCAAGAUGCUUGAGCGCCUGCAGGAUGAGGACUUUACCAAUGCACCGCGGCCCAACGGGCAGGCACCUCCAAUUGACGCAGAGGAUGAGUCGACCCAGUCGGCAGACGAAGUGAAACCGCAGCGGAAUAGCGAGACAGAAGAUGAAGGGGAGGACAGCAAAUCGGAGGUGAGUCACCGAGCACUGAACCUCCCGAGCUUCGCCAAGGAUGCGCCGGAGGCCACAGGGUGGCUGUUUGCUCGCCUGCUGGUCUGCCCUUUUGACCUGAGUGCCAAGAAGAAGCGGGCCUCAGAGAAGGUCCGCCGCACCAACUCGGAGUACUUCUAAUCGGAUCGUGCACGCUCGGACGCGAGAACGUCGGGUGAUCGAAGUCUCCGAGACCCUAGUAGCGUUCUUGCUCCUAGUAGCGAUGCCCUUUGCUCCUAGUAGCGUUCUUGUUCCUAGCAGUAACGCCAGGAGCCCCUAGUAGCGUCCUUGCGUACUCUGAAAA